CCCUCCCCUCAUGGCGGUGGAGCGCGCGGGCACCCGCCCCUCCCACCGCCCGCACCGGCCUCCCCCUCCCCCCUCUCCUCCUCUUUGUCCGCGCGCGGCAGCGGCCGCGGGGCCCCUCCCGGCGGGGAUGUGAGGGGCGGUGACCGCAGAAACCUAACAUUGAAAUAUUUAAGAAGCGAAUGUCUCUGGAUUUUGGAACGAAAUUGCGAGUUUAUAUGGAAGAAAUGCUGUGGCUAUUCUCAAACUCUCUUACAAACUGAUUUCCAUGUUUCAGUGUUGCAUCAUCUUGCGUUGAGUAACAGAAGUUCUACUGUUCAUUGCUCAAUGUGACAGUCUUCAGUAGAUUACGAGAUGAGCCAAACUCGUGGGAGAUAUGACUUCUGUAUUGGUCUGGUGUUGGCUAUGAGUUCCAGCAUUUUCAUUGGAGGAAGUUUCAUCCUGAAAAAGAAAGGCCUUCUCCGGUUAGCUAGGAAAGGCUCCAUGAGAGCAGGUCAAGGUGGUCACGCAUACCUUAAGGAGUGGCUGUGGUGGGCUGGACUUCUUUCAAUGGGAGCUGGCGAAGUAGCUAACUUUGCUGCCUAUGCUUUUGCACCAGCUACGUUAGUGACUCCUUUAGGAGCUCUCAGUGUUCUUGUAAGUGCCAUUCUGUCAUCCUUCUUUUUAAAUGAAAAACUUAAUCUACAUGGAAAAAUAGGGUGUUUGCUGAGUAUACUGGGAUCAACUGUGAUGGUAAUUCACGCUCCACAAGAGGAGGAAGUAGAAACUUUGAAUGAAAUGUCCCACAAACUAGGUGAUCCAGGUUUUGUGGUCUUUGCGACUCUUGUUGUCAUUGUGUCUUUAAUUCUAAUAUUUGUGGUGGGACCUCGCCAUGGACAGACCAACAUUCUCGUGUACAUAACAAUUUGCUCUGUAAUUGGAGCAUUAUCAGUCUCCUGUGUAAAAGGUUUGGGCAUCGCUAUAAAGGAACUUUUUGCAGGAAAACCAGUGCUGAAACAUCCUUUGUCUUGGAUUCUGCUGCUAAGCCUUAUUGUCUGUGUGAGCACGCAGAUCAACUAUUUAAACAGGGCUCUGGAUAUAUUCAACACUUCGAUAGUGACUCCUAUAUAUUACGUAAUCUUUACAACAUCUGUUUUAACUUGUUCUGCCAUCCUUUUCAAGGAAUGGCAACACAUGGCGGCUGAUGACAUUAUUGGCACCUUCAGUGGCUUCCUGACGAUUAUUGUGGGGAUCUUUUUAUUGCAUGCCUUCAAAGAUGUUAAUUUCACCCUGGCAAAUCUGCCCCUCUCUUUGCGGAAAGAUGAUAGAGCAGCAAAUGGUACUUUGCUGAGCACGUACGACUGCUUUAAUCAUGAUGAAGAAAGUUCUGCCUGUCUAGGUGAAAUACAAUCCACUGAGAGUCUUUCAGCCAGGAGAAAUGGAAGUCUGUCAGCCUUCUGAAAAUAUCUACGUGUUACUUAAGAACAGUUCUGUAACUCUGGAAUUUUUUUUCUGCUGUGAAAUGUCUGAGCUUGUCUGGAAAAUCAUGUACUUUUUAACAGUAUGUGUAGACAAUCGUUAAUUUUCAAGUUCGAUUAGUUUGGAUAAAGAACACUGAAGGGGUUUUUAUUUGCCUUAUUUUUACUUUAAAAAAUACUAAAAUGACCUCAGACCACAGUUGGUUUUGUUGCUUAAGUUAUGUGUAAAUACUUUCAUUUCAUUCUUCUGUUUUAAGAUGUAUUGCACUAAUGACAAUUUUAUCAAAAAUAAAUUGCUUUAUUUCUGCAUUGGUGGUAAAAAGAUGGCCGUGAACCUGGAUCCUUUGUACUUGUGCCCUGACUGAACACUGAGUGACUUGUAAACAAACAUACUAGAGCAGGAGCUGCAGUAGCUACUCUUGUCCCACUUUUUGUAAAAGAGGAAAGGAAAAGCUACAACCAAGCAAGACUAAUCCUUU